UCUGGAGGCAAAUCGGCUCUCGACGCCGCCAAGCGGCACGGGCGCAUGUGCAUCGUCGUGCACUGGGCGCACAGCCAGAUCAUCGGGCACAAGCCCGAGAAGAAGAGCGACCUCAAGAACCUCGCCAUGAAGGUGCGGGAGCAGCUCGCCAAGAAGGGCAUCGGGGACGGCAAG